CCAGAUUGGAUGAGGGGUCUCUAGGCAUAUAACGUGUGUUCACCGGACAAGUCGACCCUCUCAUGGUUCGAAAAAAGAAUUGCAGUGAUCCUACGAAUCCAACGGUGGAGACUGAAUUUGUUCUGAGAAAUUUCUGAAUGAUCUGACAGCAAACUAGGAGGUGAGUACUUGUGAAGUCUUUAUCACCCCCGUCGAGAUUGAUGUUAUUUUUACUCGGGUUCACCUUUCUUGUCUUCCAGCGUCGAGAGAUCGCUAUCGAAUUCAAGUCCCAUUUUAAGCUAAACAACUGCGCGAAGAACUCCCCUGCUUGGAUGGUCGCGCAUCUAAUUGCUCCAGACUGAAAGGGUGCAAUCGGGCGUCCCCGCUAGAAGUUGACCCUUUGAAGUGAACUAUUUAAGGGCUUCCUUUUUUAUUAUUUCGUCUGCUCGCUUAUUUCAGUUUUUCGAGUAGAAUUUUCCAGAAAAAUGUCCGCUAAGUGGGCACAGCUUUAUCCGACCGGAUUGUCCGAGGAGGUUGUCGACUCCUUGGACUACUUCGUAGACGAGCGGCUAAAGGACUUGAUGAUGCGCCUACGUGUGGCGCAUGCCGAAACUAAUUCGCAGUUAAAACGAAGUACUGGAGGCACUGCUUCUAGUACUUCAUCUAAUUCUGGUACUUUUCAAGUCGAGGAUGUGCAGCGUGCCAUAGCCGCGAAGACAGAGGAGGCAGACCGGAUAAUUCAAGGGAGUUUGCUUGCGCAGGUGGGUACUAGUAGUCGUGGGACAUAGAAGACGUUGGAGGUUAUUGUAUUCUGCUACUCCCGGUUGCACAACUUCUACUUGUGCGAAACGAACCGCGCCCUCCAAGUGGCAAGCUACUGUUAUCAAUGUGGCAGUCAAAGCGCUCGCGCGAAUAAUACAUCGGCUCCUGCUGAUGUCUGCUUGUAGUAGAAGAAUUACGUAGUAUGCGACGCAUAGUACUAUAAGAUUGGAGCGCAAGCAGGGACGACGCACCGGCAGAUGACGCACAAAUGGCUUCUAUGAUUCGCGACCUCAGGAAGUGCGAUUCUCUGCAUCUUCAGACUAUGUGUGGUGAUUGCGGUCGAUUGCAUCAGCUACAGUGUGGUCAAUCCAUGUUCCCUCCCCAGUACAAGUUGACUCAUUUCCCGCCAUUUCAGGACAGGAACGGAAUUCAAGUUUCUCUGAGCUUGACACUAUUCAGGAUACGUAGUUCCUGCCUAUAAUGUCCUUCUUAAGUAAUGAUGUUUUGAUGCCCCCGCCCUCCCUACUUGUGCAUUGAUAGCAGGGCUUUGAUUGUCCUGUGAUGUGGCGCAAGCAUGUCACGCAACGCUGCUGCAACAUCAACAGCAUCAGAAUUUAAAUCUGACCGGACGAGGACGAUCCAUUUACUACAUCUGAUGAGGAAUCAUGUCAUAUCAGUUGUAAAAAUUUUGAACCACGACUUCGAGAAAAAUGAUGCGUCCAACGGAAC